CUCUCUGUCCCGCUGCAGACUCAGAUUAUUAUAAAGUUUCCCGAAGGAUCAGUUUCCGGAGAGUCACCGUAUCGACAGCGCUGUUUACAUGAGAUGAGAGACAGUAAAACUCCCGCGAACAUGAGCGACUCACGCGCAGAGGACCAGUGGUCUCCCCCCUCCCCGAACCUGCCCGCGGACCAUGUGCUGAACUCUGGAGCCGUCAUAUUCCCUGGUGCUUUUGAUCAGCAUGGAUGUCCUCUGGUCAUAUUUCCUGUGGAAUCUCAGUGCAAACUAUCACAGGAGGUCAGCAGAGAGGAUGUGUCUCACUUCAUACACUACUGUCUGCGCCUACACAAUAUAAAAGGAGAGGCGAGUCUGGUGUCUGUGGUAGUCGAUCUGAGGCAAGCGAACGUCAACAUUGCACGGUUUAUCGCCGAAACGCUUCUGUUAUUAGAGUUCUGCAGGAGGAUCAUCCAUUCAGUGUAUAUCGUUCAACCAAAGAAGAAAGAUGUUUUAAAGCAGCUGGGGAAACUUCUGACACCCAAUGGCUCCAAACAGCGCAGACCCAUCCUCUUCAAACAUGUUUUCCUCAAAGACAUUUUUGAACUUUCCAACUACAUCGACAAAAGCCAGUUAACAUCUAGUUUGGGAGGAUACCUCACGUACUGCCAUACGAGCUGGGUUGCCUUCAUUAAGGAGAUUGAUGGAUUUGUGCAGGAGUUCCUGUCAGUGGUGAAUAGACUGCCGUCCUGUAUCUCAACUCUGCAGUUGCUCUCAAAACUACCUGUACCUGCAGACUUUGAGCGGUUGCAGGAGUUCUGCUCCGUGAAUGAGGCCCGAUUCCAGCAGCUCAGGAGGGAUCUUUGUUUGGAUGACUUGCUGAAGCGCUGUGAGUGUUUAUUGGAGAAACUGCGUUUCCCAGAAAAUUAUCCAUGCUUUCACGCAAUGGCUGGAACGGUCCUCUUCACGCACACCACACUGGAGAUGCUCCACAAUUAUAACCGGAUUACUGCAGCGGUGGAGAAAGUGGAGCUGCUGUGGCAACAGACCUUUUUCAAAGCUCGCCUUCAAUCACAGAUCCUUCAUCUACAAAGAGAAGCGCAACAGAUACAAGAGCAGAUGGUUAAGUUUCACAGAGAGAAGCUGCAGCCCUACAGGAUUCACGUGGCUAAAGAUGCUUAUGGUGCUGAAACACUGAGGCUGGAGUUUGAGGCUUCCAUAUACACACAUGCAAUGGCAUUGGUUCGCCGUGCUGAGGACGUCAUUCACACAUUAACUGAGACCGUUCCAUUUACGGAGAGCCGUCCCAGAGAGCAGUGGGUGGAAGAUCUGGAAAGACUGAAGGAGAACCUCUGUUCUGCUGUUCAACGUCCUCAUCAGACUCUGAGAACUGUGUCAGACUUUCACUACACCUGCAACAGAUGCACGAACUGGUACAACCUAGUGUUAUGUGAGAACUUCCUGCAAGACCUGCUGUGGAGUGGAAGUUGUGGGUGUCCGAGUGAGAUCAGCUCUUCUCCAGACAUGUGUACAGGCCUGCCUUCAUGGAGACAAGUCAUCGAGACCUUCCUCAAGAGAAAUCCCUGCCCUGAGGUGGAAGAGCUGGUGAAGCUGGCACAUCUUGCUAAUAUUAUUACUGACCCCUACCUUCACCAUACUGGCAAACAACUGUCGCACAGAUGCAUGACUCUACAGAGACUGUUGACCUCACCUGGGUCUGUGCCCCUUCACGACCUUCAGCUGGCACUCCAGUGGCAGUAUGAGUACCUUAAGGGCAACCACAAAACCUCUGGCAUCAAUUCCCCUGAGGUUGACCGGAAUAACUGCAGUCUCCCUCAAGACUCGGGCUUGGCGUCCAACUCUAUCCCAUGCAGACGGUCACCUUCUCAGUGUCUCAUCCAGUGGAGCUCCCGGGAUGGUGUCCGCUACAGGCAAACCCCCAUCUCUCAGCUCAUUUGA